AUGGUUUAUGGACAGUUCUACCACAGAGACAGGCUAUACCUGGAGAUGAUCAAUAUUAAUGUUGGGGGCCUGAAACAAAAAGUCGAGCAAAAGGCAUUGUUAAAAUUCCCAGAGACCAGAUUGGGAAAGCUACUGAGAUGUUCCUCAAGGGAGGACACCCUUGAAUUGUGUGAUGACUAUGAUGUGCACACAGAUGAAUAUUACUUUGACAGAAAUCCAAGUUUCUUUCACUACGUCUUAAAUUUCUAUUCCACGGGCAAGCUUCAUGUGAUGGAGGGGAUUUGUAUAUUCUCAUUCAACCAAGAGAUUGAGUACUGGGGAAUUGGUGAGAUCUCUAUCCAUCAUUGCUGCAGGUUCAAGUAUCAUGAACGGAAAGAGAAUAUAGUUGAGAAAGAAUUUGACACACAGAGUGAUGAUUUGAGCUUAACAGGUUCUGAAGAUGCCAGCACCAUCCCUCAACAAAUGGAGAGUUUUAAGCGUAUGUUGUGUGGCAAACAGAGAGAAAAAUUGUGGCUCAUUUUAGAAAAUCCAGAAUAUUCCUUUGCAGCCAAGGCUUUUACAAUAUCCUCAUUAGCUAUUGUGUUGCUUUCCAUUGUGACUAUGUGCGUUCAUAGUCUGCCUGAAUUCCACGAGCAACAGGAAGGCCUUGGUUUCCUGAUUGUUGAAUCUACCUGUAUUGCAUGGUUUAGCUUUGAAUAUGUAGCAAGGUUAAUGGUCGCCCCAUAUAUUUGCAAAUUCCUCCAAAAUCCACUGAAUAUCAUUGACUUUUUAUCAUUUCUACCAUUCUACCUCACCCUGGCAGUAGAACGUAUAGAUGAUGAGAGCUCAGAGCUUGUGAACAUUGGCCGAGUAGUACAAGUGCUUCGGUUGAUGCGUAUCUUUCGGGUCCUGAAGUUGGCUCGUCACUCCAUUGGAUUGAGAUCACUUGGGGCUACUUUCAGACACAGCUAUGAAGAGGUAGGACUCUUGAUUGUGUUCUUGACUGUGGGUAUUGCCAUCUUCUCAGCCCUCAUCUAUUCAUCAGAAAAAGAUGAAAAAGAAACUGGUCUUCACAGCAUUCCCAUUGGAUGGUGGUGGGCAACCAUUAGCAUGACUACUGUUGGUUACGGUGACACUUACCCAGUCACAAUACAAGGAAAGCUCAUUGGCAGCAUCUGCAUCAUUUUUGGCUUAUUGAUGGUGGCUUUGCCGGUUAGUGUCAUUUUUAACCGAUUUUCAAAGUAUUAUCGACGGGAACAAGCCAUUGAUGUUGUGAUUCGCAACCAAGAGCUAAGAAAGUUGGCUGCAGGUAUACCAUGUGUCAAUAUCAGGGACAUUUAUGUGAAGAAGAUACGCUUAAGUUCAAAGAUUGAUACAGUGGACCAGAACCGUGUUUACAAAACAAUAGGAAUCUGCACACUGUUGCUAAUCUGUAAUUGUCAUACUUCCUCUUCUGUUUAUGUUUUGAUCUGCCACAGUUCCUGUUGUAACUAUCAACGUUUCCCCUUCUGUGACAAUCACUUUUCCUGUGCUGCGAGAUGUAAACAGCAGCAGAUGGAUAGAGAAUUCUCCAAUCAGCUGAGAGGAGAGCAACUGAAGUGUAACUGCUCGUUUCAGAAUUCCCGAGAUACAGCCGAUCCUGAAAGCCUGGUCACAAGAAACACCAAGUGGAAGAAGGGAGGAAAGCCAAUCAAUAAUUUACAAGCACUUUUUGAAAAUGGUGUUAUCUCUAAAAUAACUCCACGGAGUGAAUCUUCCAUUAUCAACGAGCCAGUGGUUAAUAUUGACCAGAACCUGAACUGGACAAGCCAUGUAAUAUUCUGGCCCCAGGAACAGAUUGGAGAUUGCGAAUUCUACAGUAAGCAACACAACACCUGA